AUGAGCUCUGACGGAAUUCAGAUCACUAUCCCAGACUUUGAUGACGAAGAUUUUAGUUCGACUUCAAUUCCUUUUGGGAGAGUGCCAGGAACCUCUGGAUUUGGCUUUGGAGGAGGAUUGAGUUCUGGCCAGGAGUCUCCCACCGCGACGACGCCCAUUGCUCUUCCUGAACGCUCCGACCGAGGCUAUUUCCAUGCUCGCGGCGAUUCAGUUACCUCAGAGGACUCCAACUACUCCGCACGACACCCCACUCGGAAGGGGUCUAUGCCGUUUGUUCACACGCAGCAUUCGUCUCUUGCUAACUCUGCCGGCUCUCCUUUCACCAAAAAGACCUCGUUUGCGUCUAUCCGAAAUGCGUUCAAGAGCGGUAGCAAGUCCACUGAACCCCCUCCUAUGCCGCCUCUGGAUCAUGGCGUGUACCCGGUCUUGAAGAAUCCGUUCAAUCGAUCGAAUUCAUCCCUUGCGCAUGCGUCCGCGACAUCCUUCCGCAGGCCAUCCGAGAACAUGAGCCCUCCAUAUCCUCGACCUCCGACCCCAGGCUCUGUCGAGGCUCGAUCUGCGCGAGCGACCCCGGCAAAGACUAAGGGCCACGCUUAUGGUCGUUCACAGCAUUCUCAUUCGGGUUCCAUAUUUCAUACUUCGGAUGUCGGAAGCGAUCACGGGCAUGGUUUCACAAUUCCAUCAUCUCCUCCUCCUGUACCACCCGUGCCGAAUGGAUAUUUUGGAAGCUUUUCUCAGAGUGAGCUGCCACCAUAUGCAGAAGCAGAGGAGGAGAUUGUCUCGGUUGAUCCGCGCACGCCCUCGGAAUAUGCUCUGCAUGCUACUUUCUUCCGAUUCGCUACAUCAGCGGAGAUGAAGAUUGACGCCUUCUUGCGACAAGGGCUCGACCACGAGCCACCUCUUGCUGACUAUUUUGGCCCUGGGAUUGAUCCUGUGUUUGAUGACCUGUUGCAGACUCUCGGCCAAAUAGGACAGAAGCAUGCUAAGCCUGUUGUCAAUUCGAUAACGCGGUGGCGCCGCACGCAAAAGGAGGCUGUUUCUCCUGAUCUCUUGCGCCAUCACACAGGCCAGUCGCCAGCGACAUCCCGAGGUGUCCGACAUCUGGACACGUCUAUGAUACUGAACGAACGGAAGUCUCUGGCUUCCAUCUACAUCAUGUGCCGGGCACUUAUCGCUGUGAUGCAACCGUUGUCGAAAGAUGCUCUCGGCGAACAGAUGGGGUACAAGCUCGAAGAGACCAUGUUUGAGCAGUUUCGCAAACCCGACUUGAAGCUGCUGACCCAGAGCGCCAAUCAUAGGACGAAUGCAGAGCUUUAUGCCACGCUUUUGGGUCACUUGGCGAACACACGCUUUUCGAGUGUCACAGACCGUUUUCUGUCUGAGAUGGGCCCAGUUGCUUCCGGGCAUGUUCCAAAAGAUGGUGACAUGAAAUAUGAGAAUCUUGUACGUGGAUUGAAGCAUGUUCAGAUCAAGGUCUGGCCCCCAGAGUCGUUCGAGGAGGGGGCCGAAUUUAUGGAAGCAUUAGCGAAAUCUUUUGAGAAUGCGCAUGGCUUCCGAUUCAAGCUUGCCUUCGCGGAAACUCUGGUACAUCUGAUGCACCCCAUUGCUAAGACGGCCCAAGCUGAAGUGAAUCACCCUCAAUGGGCAAAGGCUAUAGAGAUUAUAUAUCCGAAAGCCAGGGACAUGGCUAGCAAACCUCGGUAUUGGCACGUGGCAUACCCUCUCGUCAUCGUCAGCCUUUGUGUUGCGCCGAACGAAUACUUCCUGCGCAAUUGGCAAACUUGUUUUGAGGCUAGUCUGACCAAGUUGAAAGAGAAACCGUUCCGCAUCCCAGUGAUGAACGGGAUGAUGCGCUUGGUCUGGACCUACAUGUUUCGCUGCCGAGAGUCUGCCUCGAACUCCACAUCCAAGAUGGAAAUAGUCUUAAAACAUUUCUUUCCUCCUAACAGAUUGCCCAUCUUCCCUCAAGAGGAUCACCUUGAGCCCUUCAUCUAUAUAGUACAUUUUGUCUUUGCGCGGCAUUUCGAUUUUGGAGCGGAGUUCACGUUGAAUCUUCUGCAGGAGCAAGCCAUGUCAACCCAGCCGCCCAACCCUUCGACGGUGCUAUCUCCAGAGCGAAUGGCUAUCGCGAUACAAGCCAUGUUACUCACCUUGCAUUUGAUGGAACGAGACGAGCCAAUUCCGGUUUGGCCUUCAAGCUCGGACUUCUCUGGAGCGCCAUCAUGGCAGGAUUAUCCCGCCUCCUCAGACUUUCUACCGUUGACCAUCCUAUCAAAGCCGGGAAUGCAGGAGUUCUAUGACAGGGUCGGGAUACUGCUGAGCUAUGUCGCCGCCACAUGUGCAAAUGCGGUGGGGCGAAUGUCGACUUUUGAUGAGCAGUGGUCUGUCACGCGCAUCAAUCCAUCCUACGACGAAACUCACAGCUACAUCAUUCGUCGACACCCUGAUGCAACUGUCGCGUAUCCUGCACAACUGGUUCCGCAGAUUAACUUAUUGCAAACCUGUUUUCAAUCCUGGCCUCGAAUUCUGCAUACCUCCCUACAAUUGGAUGACGCGGUUGACAUGCUGGUGCGGGGCGUCAUUCAUAUCGAACCCGCCGUUGCAGAGGCAGCUGUUCUUGCUCUGCGUCGGUUCAUGUCGAAUCCUCAAUAUGCUGACGCUGUCCUUCAAAAUUAUACCUCAUUUUUGUUUGACACUCCGCAUAUUGCGCAGGAAGGAUCAAGCUCAAAAUUGGUCAUUGAAAGCAAUCGCUUGCUGAACCUCUGGGUCGGUCUUCUCGAUGGAUGGGUACACGACCUUUUGCAGAGAAAAUCGGAGACUCUGUCGGACGAAGAGAUGGCGGCGGUUGCUUCAAGAAUUGAUGAGACAGAGGCAGGGGCUCUUUUUCUUUUGUGCCACGUAUCCCGCCCUGUUUACACCGUUGGGGUCAAGCUGCUGCGUAUGCUCGGCCUUCUAGUUGCCCAUCUAUGGCCUCAGCCGACGUCUCCUCAAAUAGCCUCGAUGGACGUCCGAAUUGUAGACAUACUUCAUGGGCGAAGCUCCAUCAAGAUUCCUCUUGACGGAUUCGACCACAUUUUGGACCCAGCUGAUCUGGAGCGCUUGAAGCAGUGGCGGGACUCCGGCAAGACUGAUGCAUAUCUACGGAUUGCAGACAGCGAAGAUUCACGCGAUCGUACCAUAUGGCAAUGGAUCUUUCCGGGGUUCAUGCACUCUUACAGCAGUGAUGGAGCGGAACACACACCGGCUACCGUAAACAUCCUCCGCGAGACACUGAUUGCUGCAGUAUCUCGCUUCCAUCCAACCAUUGCUGCUGUGGCAGGUCUUAAUGGUCGUAUGCCUUCUGGUCCAUCGUCACGAGGUCUAGCCAUCAAUGAAAAAGAGACUCGAACACCAGUCGAUAAUCGACAACUCACAGGGCAAUGGUACAUGUGGACGAAGGUUCUGUGUUCGAUUGCCUCGAUCGUAGACUAUCGUCCUGCUCUUGUCCAGCGGGAGCAUUCUCGUGCUCUUUCGGAGGUCAAUUUCGAGCGAGAAAGGUUAACAACAACACGUGGUUUGGUUCGGUAUCUCGCACCCUUCCUUGACUCCGAGCACUCCAUGUUCAGAGACGCGGCUGUGUUCUGUAUCAGCUCCUUACCAUCUCGAGGAUAUCCGCAGCUUCUUGAAGACCUUGGUCUGCUCGCCCAUCGCCAAUUAUUUGACGAUACAAGGAUGAAGUCUGGAGCCACGUCAGUCGCUGAACGAGGACGUCGACAAGAGCGGCUGUUCACUGCUGUGGCUCGUGUAUAUUUUCUUACUGCACACUACCUUCAAGAUCACCGCUCAAGCGGUCGAAAGGCAGCACUGUCCCCCAUUCUUCGGUUCGUGCGAAAUACACAGGCAUUCCUCACAUCCGCGGAUUGCCGCGAUCACUUCAAACUUCAGAAGCUGCGACGUUACUUCUGUGGGACAGUUGAGCGCUUAUUUGAUGGCCUCACCACGCUCUCCGAUACGGACCGCUUCAUACCGCCCAAUAUGCACUUGUCCCUCUUCCGUCUCUGUGAAGAGUGGUGUCAAGUUGGUCGUCAGUCGGAGUCUGUCAAGCAGCGCUUGAUCCUUAUGCAGAGGGCAGCCACGAAUGCCGUAGCUGACGCAUCAGAGAAGGGCGAAGCCGUAGCUGUCUUUCAAAAGGAGACUAAGCUCUUGUCUAGGGCUGCCAUUGGCGCUAUGGCAUCCCUAUGUUCCAAAGCCUACUUUCCCCCUGAUGUAUCUUCUGGCUCACCAACGGACCAAGCAGGCACAGAAUAUUUCAGAGCAUUGGAGCCUAUAACGACAUUGGAUAGACUCCAUAGCGUCUUGGCUUCACUUGAUAUCUCCGUGCAGACCAGUGGAAAGAAAGCCCUAAGAACACUUCUAGCAUGCAGCGACAGAGAUCCUGGUCUGGUCAAUGAAGCCAUGCGGAAGGCCUUUGUUACGGUCAAGGACAUCGACACCAGCAAUGUUCGCUUCUUCGAAGUCGUUGCAGACGUUAUUUGCAGCUCUCAAGGCCAUGGAUUUCGCUUUGAUCAAAUCGUAUGUCUAGGCCUGUAUAACCUGUGUCACCCAGCCCUCCAUGUGCGGACCUCCGCUUUGAACAUUCUGGAGUUCAUCCACGAGGAGUCUUACGGAAUGCUAUCCAUGGCUCAAUUUGAGGCUGCGAUCGGUAGCCCCGCCCCAAGCACAUAUCUCCAUGCACACCGUCUUAUCUCGGAUGUCCUGGCCGGAGAGCAUCCAAACGAAGCAAUGGGCGUUCUUUCUCAAUUCGCAACUUGGUUACCUCAGUUCUUUGAGGCAUCAAACUCACCACUCCUCCUCCUUCAGAGCCUAGAAUAUUGGAGUCCUAACAUCAAUCUGAUGACCGAUGAUAGGUCUGGCCUGUCACGAGAAGGGCGAACUGCUCUUUAUCAUCUCAUGUCAUUCACGCUGCGCUAUGCGGAGAACUACGCUGAACAAAUCCAAAUGCUCUGGACCCGAUUGGUGGAUGCACCAUAUCAAUCGAAUGGUCAUGCGACAAUCCGUUUUCUACUUGAACAAUCCCAAAAAGUUGCCAGCAUCACCUAUAUCCAGUGUGCAUCCAGAGUUGUUGCCUGUCUGUCGCAGUCGGGAAUCGGGCGACAAGUGGUUGAAGAUCUUUGCAGUGUCAUAGAGCCUGCUCGCAUGCUUCCUGACAUAGAGCACAAGUUGGCAUUCCCUGACGCGGACGACAUGGAGCUAUGGUCUGAUCUAGACGUCCUUUUUGCCGAACAUCCACGUCUAUCACUAGGCGCUGGACAAUACGCUCUUCUAUUCCUUUCGGAUGUGGCAUUGGAACGCCUCUGGGAGUUUCACGCCGAGUUACCGAUCAUACUUCAUGCAAUUUGUGUCCAUUUGGAUCAUCGUCUAAUUUUUGUCCGUGACCAUGCGAAGCAUAUGCUUUUUCAACUAUUGCGCUCAUGGAUACCAGGAUAUGAUGAAGCCUCUGAUAGGGGUCUCUAUCCCACUCGGAACGCGCUCAAAUCCGCCAUCAGAGACCUAGAGCAGGACAUGGAGCGAAAGCUCUGGAAGGAGGACGAGAAUAGCGCCCAAUCGGGGCCGAAGAUGCAUUGGCUUUGUGCUCGAUUGUUGAGUCUUCUGGAGCCAUUGCAUCCUGGUCUUGCGCAGCAAUGGGGAUCUCUGGCCUUGUUAUGGGGCACAGCAUGCACGAUACGACCCAUAGCGUUUCGUUCUUUACAAAUUUUCCGCGCUCUCAGACCUUCCGCAACUCAAGCUGAUCUCGCACUUCUACUUGGAAGAUUGUCCAACACUGUUGCCGACCCUGACGAAAACAUUCAGUUAUUCACUGCCGAGCUCAUUCAGACGCUGAAUGUGUUGGUCGAGAGCGAGGAGUUAGACGUCUCACUCGUACCGCAGAUGUUCUGGUGCGCAUGUGCUUGUCUUUCUACGACAGUAGAGGUCGAGUUUCUGCAGGUUGUCACAUUUUUUGACUCCCUGCUAUCCCGUUUGAACUUGGACGACCAAAACACUGUGGAAUUCCUGCUCUCUCAACGUCCGCACGAUUGGAAAGGGUCCUCGUCUUUACAAUCCUCUUUGCUCAUCGGAUUGCGGUCAUCCAAGACCUUCGGUGCCACCAUAAAGCUUCUAGAACACCUAGCCAGGUUCACUGACAAUAGGCUGAUUGACCCGAGCGAGGGCCGUGUUCGUGAUCUGUAUACGAUUUCUUUGCCUUGGUGUCUCAGGGCCAUGGCAGACGAGACACACGACCCAGCUUUGGAAGAAUUUGCCACCAACGUUGGGUAUCUUGCCGAACAGGAGGGUCGGUCCAGUAUUGCCCGAAUCAUGACUUCCUUUGUCAAGGGCCGGUUCCGAACAAAGGAUGAUUUUCUCCGACAGUCCGUUUCCAGUCUACGAGAGCAUUACGGGGCUGAAAAUUGGACCGAAGUCGUCACACUUCUCGUCGGCCUCGUGCUAAAUCAAGAAAAAUGGCUUCGCGUCCAGUCACUGCAGAUUCUCAAGGUUCUAUUUCAGCAGCGAGAGACUAGGAACCCAGUGGAGCUUUUGGGAUCCGAGUUGUUGAUGCCACUAUUGCGGUUGCUAGAGACUGACCUCGCUGGGCGAGCUCUGGAAGUUUUAGAGGAGCCGAUGACUAUCUCUGGUGGUGGUCUUCCAGCCAAGCAAGUCCUCCGUAUGAGUAUGCAUAUGAACAUGCAUAUGAAGCCCAUUGCAAAGGAAGUUGACUCAGUGGCGGAUAUUUUUGGCAUGCCUGAGGAGUCCGGAUGGUGUGUCCCACGACCGGAUCAACUCAUGAAAAUGUGCCGCGCCAACGUCAUGGCCGUCUUCAACUCCUACAAUCUUCCUUCACGACCAUCCCGCAUCGAUUUUGAGCCUGAGGACAUCGAACGUCUGGCACCACCAGAUCCACUGGAUGAGGACUUGGGUGGCUUGGUUCAGAAUUUGCAUGAGCUGAGCACGUACUUCCAGGACGAUGAAGUUGAUCUCAAGGGAGCCACCUUACCUGUGAUGCCCAGUCACCAGCUCGAGGCACGAGUCGCUGCCAUCCUUGCCAAAUCGACGGAGAACAUGGCAGAUCUCCCGCAGACGCCCUUUGUUGAUGUCUUCCGUGUUGAUGACAUCGCAUCCUUCGCACCUAACGACUCUGAUGACAAUUCUGACUUUAGUUCUGAUUCAGAAGCAUUUGUUUUUGACUCUCCCUCCGCUCUUCGUCAGAUGCAGGGCGGGAAUGGCUCGAGACUUCAAUAA